AGGAGGGUGGUCUUUAGUUUCCUGUCACGGAUUCUCAGGCGGGUGGUUUCCGUCCCGAGGUUGCGGACACUGGCUGGUGACUGAAAAGAGAGCGGGCGACCGGAUUCGGGACAUGCAUGUGUGAAGGAGGUGGAACUGCGCGCAUUUAGAAUAUAAGAUUAUUUACUGAGGGUGCGCGGAGAUGGUGGACAAAGCGGGUACCAGAGUCUUCAAGAAAUCCAGUCCCAACUGCAAGGUGACAGUGUAUCUGGGUAAGAGGGACUUCGUGGACCAUCUGGACCAUGUGGACCCUGUGGAUGGAGUGAUCUUGGUCGAUCCAGAAUACCUGAAAGACAGAAAAGUGUUCGUGACCCUGACUUGUGCAUUCCGGUACGGCCGCGAGGACCUGGAUGUCCUGGGCCUGUCCUUCCGGAAGGAUCUCUACAUCUCCACCUUCCAGGCGUUCCCCCCCAUCCCUGAGGAGCGUAAGCCGCUCAGCCGCCUGCAGGAGAGGCUGCUGAAGAAGCUGGGCCAGCAUGCGCACCCGUUCUACUUCACUAUUCCACAGAACCUGCCCUGUUCAGUCACGUUACAGCCUGGGCCAGAGGACACGGGGAAGGCGUGUGGAGUUGACUUUGAAAUCAGAGCUUUCUGUGGCAAAGCCGUGGAUGAGAAGAUUCACAAAAGGAACUCGGUGCGGCUGGUGAUCAGGAAGGUGCAGUAUGCCCCAGAGAAGCCCGGGCCGCAGCCCAUGGUGGAGACGAGCCGCAGCUUCCUCUUGUCUGACCGGUCCCUGCACCUGGAGGCCUCGCUGGACAAGGAGCUUUACUACCAUGGUGAGCCCAUCAGUGUGAAUGUACAUGUUACCAACAACUCCACCAAGACCAUCAAGAAAAUCAAAAUCUCCGUUCGGCAGUAUGCUGAUAUCUGCCUGUUCAGCACAGCUCAGUACAAAUGUCCCGUGGCUCACAUCGAGGCCGACGACCAGGUAUCGUCAAGCUCCACGUUCUGCAAGGUGUACACGCUCACUCCUACGCUGAAUAACAACCGAGAGAAGAGGGGCCUGGCACUGGACGGCAAGCUAAAGCACGAGGACACCAACCUCGCCUCCAGCACCAUAGUGAAGGAUGUGUCCAACAAGGAAGUGCUGGGCAUUCUGGUGUCCUACAGGGUUAAAGUCAAACUGGUCGUGUCACGUGGAGGGGAUGUAUCAGUGGAGCUGCCCUUUGUCCUGAUGCACCCCAAACCCUCAGAGCUGCCCAACUCUCGACCGCAGUCAGCUGUCCCAGAGGCGGAUGUCCCCAUCGACACCAACCUGAUAGAAUUUGAGGCAAAUAGUCUCUCUCAGGAUGAUGACUUUGUGUUUGAGGACUUUGCCCGUCUGAGGCUGAAAGGGAUGAAAGAUGAUGAUGAUCAUUUCUGCUGAAGCCCCGCCCCAUGUGAAGCCCCGACCCCUAGAAGCACCAAAGGAGGAGGGGCAAGAGGGGGUGCAGCUGAGGUCAAGAGUUAGUGCUGUGUCCAUGUGACAGAUGGGGGUGGGGCAAAGCUGUGAUUUUUUUUCUUUUUCUUUUUUAAAGUCCCUGGUCUUCUCUGUGUCCACAAUGGCAGCACUGAAGUGGCUACUGUGAAACGUUCUCUCAACGUUUAUGUGAUGUUAUACAAUGGCUCUUUUUGGUUUGUUGCUCUUUGUGCCGCCUUGAGGCAGACUGGAGAGAACACAGGGAAGGAGGGAUGUUUUUAUCAACACACGAAAUGUUUCAUUUUUACCCAUCAUCCUCUUGGGAGGUUUGUGACUCACUGAGGGGGAGGUACAUCAGACAGAGAGAGAGCAAAAUAAGCAAGAGGGGAUUAAGAUGAGCAUAUGCAGUCACUGAAACAUACUGGAGUACCAAUGCAGACACGCGCAGACACACACACAGACACACACACAGACACUCU